UUACAACAACAGCAAUAACUUGAAGAAACCACAUCAUCUCGAACACGAGCAUGAAGUUCAUGGUCAAUACCUUUACAUCUUUGGUAUUGUAAAAGUACGAGCGCACACGAACAUGGCGUUAAUCCGUUGCUGCUUCGAGCCACCGGAAUUGCCGGAAUUUUUCGACGGUUUUGUGCAAAAAUGUACAGAUCCAAGCUGUUGUUGCGGCUGCUGUUCGGCGUUGCGGCCACGUUACAAGCGUCUAGUGGACAACAUUUUUCCCGUCAAUGCUGAAGAUGGGUUGGUCAAGUCAAACAUGGAAAAGCUUACAUUCUACUCGUUAAGUUCGCCGGAUAAGUUGGAUCGAAUUGGAGAGUACUUGUACCAGAAGGCAACAAAGGACAUCAACCGCAAGCGUUACAAACUUGCUGAAAUAGCCAUGGAAGCCAUGGACUUGCUGCUGCAAGCAUGUCAUGCUCAGACGACGCUGAAUCUGUUUGUGGAGUCAUUUCUACGCAUGGUUCAAAAGUUGCUUGAGGACUCGAAUCCCAACUUGAAAAUAAUGGCGACCAAUUCGUUUGUAAAGUUUGCCAAUAUAAAUGAGGAUACACCUUCAUACCAUCGACGCUACGACUUCUUUAUUUCAAAAUUCUCGUCCAUGUGUCACAGCGACAACCACGAUUUACGGGACAGCUUGCGCCUGGCAGGCAUUAAGGGACUUCAAGGUGUUAUCCGCAAAACUGUUUCCGACGAUUUAGUCGAAAACAUUUGGGACGCACAGCAUAUGGAAAAAAUUGUUCCCUCACUUUUGUUCAAUAUGCAGUUUUGUGUAAACGUUAUGUUUGUGAAGAAAAAUUUAAUGGCGACCGGUGAUUUGACUCCUGUAGAGGAUGCAACUCAUAUUACGCCGCCAGUACUAGCUGAAGAGGUACUACGGGAAUUAGUGGGACGCGCCUCAUUUGGACACAUUCGCAGUGUUCUGAAGCCACUGCUCAUGCACUUGGACCGACACGAGUUGUGGGUACCAAACACCUUCGCUAUACACACGUUUCGCAUUGUGAUGAUCUCCAUACAACCGCAAUAUUCCUAUACCGUUGUCGAGACGCUUAUGCAGCAUUUGGACAAUAAUUUCAAGUCCUCACCAAAAACACGUACUUCAUUGGCCGUGGUACUGUCCAAGAUCAUAGCCAUUGCAGCGGGCGAAAGUGUUGGACCUUCCGCCUUGGACAUCAUCAAUAAUUUGUUGACCCACUUGCGCACGAGUGUCAGCACAACCACCGAAAUUACCGCCGAGGAGUCACAGUACCAGGAGGCAUUGAUCAAUGCCCUGGGCGAAUUUGCUAAUCAUCAUCCAGACUAUCAGAAAAUAGAGAUAAUGUUGUUUAUUAUGAACACAGUUCCGGAUUUGUCCAAGAAGAGUAAGAGUGAUCAAAUGCUUCAAAAUAUAUUGCUAAAGUCGCUGCUGAAAGUGGGCACACAAUAUAGCACUGUAUCCUUUGAGAAGGCCUUUCCGGCAUCAUUUCUGCAACCAUUGCUGCGCAUGGCACGUGCUCCACAUGACCCAACGCGCAUGAUUGUGAUGCAAAUCUUUCAGGCUUUGCUCGAUCGCCACCAGAAUGAACAAGUGUUGAGCACAGUAAGCGUCAAACCAUACACAGCGUUGUCCCAGGAGCCGCCGUCACGUUCUGACAUAAUUUUUACGCACAAAUAUGGCGCCAAUAUUAUGCAGGCGCUUAUCGAUAGCAUGGCGUUAUCGGAUCGCGUGGAUGCAUUAUCUUCCAGUUACAACACAGCAGCACUGCUCAUUGUUGAGAUGUCUUGCAGUGAGACGGUGCAAGAGUUUCUACUUUUUAUAUUGGGUAUUCAGCAGGUGGCCCAUACUGUGGAAAGUCUGGGAGCCGUGCACAAAUGUAAUUUACAUUCGAUAGCUAUUGCCCUGUUGGUGCUCAUCUCACGGGUGACUGGCAUUAACAAUCUGCUUGAAUAUGCACAGAAAAUUGUUGAUGCGCGUCGUGAAGAGGCUCCUUACUAUUUAGCCCCAUUGUUGGAACCAAAGAAGACCUCGGCGAAGAACCUGAAUUUGUCUCUUCCGCAUUUGGCUAUCGAUAAGUUAGCAUUGGGCGAGUGCCUUCAGAAUGCUGGUAUGGAUGCACAGCGUCUGAAUAGCGGCGCACCAUACGCUCUACAUCAAACCGACAAUCCCGCUCAUCGCCACUCCUGGGUGGAGUCUGUAAGCGCACAUAUGACACAGCGGAACAGCUCUGCUGACUUGACCGUUUACACAGGAGAUGUUGAUAGCGUAAAUAGCUCGCCAGGUGUAUGUAAACGUGUAUUGUCGCAAGAGUACACUUUUGAUGCUAUGAAACGUGCCUUGGCGGAGCCUACGGAAGCGGCAAAGCGCGAGCAACGCGAAAAGCAACUUCAAAUUGUACGCACAUUCCGCGAGAGCGAAUUUGACGAGCUGGUUCGUCGCACUGAGCCCAAGCACGAUCUCAUACAAAAUCGACUUAAUGAGCUGUUCAAUUCGCUGGCCAUGGAACGUCAAAUAACUCAAAGCGGUGAUAAUAAAACGCUGCAGUUGCAGGCCACCAAUGAUAAGCCCAUCUAUGAGACAAAUUUCCCGGAAUUGUUCUAUUAUUAAAACUGUAUUAUUCUGAUAUUCAAACUCCGGAAAAUUAUGGCGUUUUACGGAAACCGGAGCAUAGUUAACUGCUCGAUGUCUUUCUCAAUUAAAUACAAAUUGUUCGUAUAUCUUAAUAAUCAAAUUGUUACUAAUAAAUGAAUUUAUCAUACAUACAA